AUGAUCAUUUUCAACCUGAGCAGUUACAACUCAGGUCCUUUCCUUCUGGUGGGGAUCCCAGGCUUGGAGCAGUUUCAUGUGUGGAUUGGGAUUCCCUUCUGUGCCAUCUACAUUGUGGCUCUUGUGGGAAACUGCAUCCUUCUCUCCCUCAUUGCAGUGGAGCGCAGCCUGCAUGAACCCAUGUUCUUCUUUCUCUCCAUGCUGGCCACAACUGAUCUCAUCUUGUCCACAGCCGGGAUGCCGAAAACACUCAGUAUCUUUUGGCGUGGGGGUCAAGAAAUCACUUUUGCAGGGUGCCUUACACAAAUGUUCUUCAUUCAUUACAGUUUUGUUUUGGACUCAGCCAUCCUGAUGUCCAUGGCAUUUGAUCGUUAUGUGGCCAUCUGUUCUCCCUUGAGAUAUACUAGCAUCUUGACCCCCAAGAGCAUCACCAAGAUUGUUGUGGCCAUUUGUUUCCGAAGCUUCUGCAUCAUCCUGCCAGUUGUAUUCCUGCUGACUCGUCUGCCUUUCUGCAGGACACACAUCAUCCCCCACACAUACUGUGAGCACAUAGGAGUUGCCAGACUUGCCUGUGCCGAUAUCUCCAUCAACAUCUGGUAUGGCUUUUGUGUUCCCAUUAUGACAGUCCUCUCAGAUGUCAUUCUCAUUGCCAUUUCCUAUAUCUUCAUCCUUUGUGCUGUCUUUCAUCUCCCCUCUCGAGAGGCCCGCCAGAAAGCCCUUGGCACCUGUGGCUCCCAUGUCUGUGUCAUCCUCAUGUUCUAUAUCCCUGGAUUUUUCACCAUCCUUGCCCAUCGGUUUGGACAUGAUGUCUCCCGCAGUUUCCACAUUAUGUUUGCUAACCUUUACAUUGUUAUCCCACCUGCACUCAACCCCAUUGUCUAUGGAGUAAAGACCAAGCAGAUCAGGGAUAAGGUCAUGCUUUCACUUGCAUCAGUGUGGAAAAGCCCCUCAGAGCCCAGCACUGCUGCCUCAGAACCGAACACCGCUGUCUCCGGACCACCUCAGGCUCGGGGGGCGCCACGGCCACUGCUCCAGUGGACUUUUAAACAUGCGCUAAGGAGCCACAUUCUCCUUGAGAUACAUAUCAAGGAGCCAAUUAAGAAGGAACCCGAGAAGCCAAUCGACCAGGAGAAGACAUGUCUGCUGCUGCUGUGGGUCUUCACCAUCAAUAACGGCGGCCACCACUGGAUGAAUGAGUUCUCCCAUGGAAAUGUGCCUUCCAGCGAGCUGCAGAGCUACACUUGGAUGGAUGCAACCUUCAAAGAAUUGACUAGUUAA